GUUCCAAGACUAAACUAAUUGUGUAAUUUCUUUGAGAAGAUAAAUAUCACUUUACUUUAUCUCAAAAGACCAAUUUAGGUCUUUGCCUUUUCUUUUACUAUAUAUAGUACUAACUAAGUCAAGUGAAUGAGUACCAAAACAUCACCUCAACAACCAUGAAACUCACACUAUCCCUCUUGUUCCUAUUCCUCUCCAUAGUCCAAGGACUCAACCCCAAAUGUGAUGUCCAAGACCAUAGCUCAACACUCCAAGUUAUCCAUGUCUUCAGUCCAUGUUCCCCAUUUAGGCCAUCAAAACCACUUUCAUUUGAAGAAAGUGUCCUACAAAUGCAAGCCAAAGACAAAACUAGACUUCAAUUCCUUGAUAGUUUAGUAGCUAGGAAAUCAACUGUACCUAUUGCUUCUGGUAGACAAAUCAUACAAAGUCCAACUUACAUUGUUAGGGCUAAAAUUGGUACUCCACCUCAAACUUUGCUAUUGGCUAUGGAUACUAGUAAUGAUGCUGCUUGGAUUCCUUGUACUGCUUGUGAUGGUUGCACUUCUUCUUUGUUUGCUCCUGAAAAAUCAACUACAUUUAAAAAUGUUAGUUGUUCUGCUCCUGAAUGCAAACAGGUUCCUAACCCAAGUUGUGGUGUGAGCACAUGCAAUUUCAACUUCACCUAUGGUAGUUCUUCUAUUGCAGCUAACUUGGUUCAAGACACUGUUACCUUAGCAACUGAUCCAAUUCCUAUCUACAAAUUUGGUUGUGUUUCAAAAACAACUGGAACAUCUACCCCACCACAAGGUCUAUUGGGCUUGGGCCGAGGCCCAUUAUCACUUUUAUCUCAAACCCAAAACCUCUACCAAUCCACAUUCUCUUACUGCUUACCAAGUUUCAAGUCUCUUAACUUCUCUGGGUCUUUAAGACUUGGGCCUGUUGCUCAGCCCAAGAAGAUCAAGUAUACUCCUCUUCUCAAAAAUCCUAGAAGAUCAUCACUCUAUUAUGUUAACUUGCAAGCAAUUAGGGUUGGCCGGAGAAUCGUCGAUAUUCCUCCGGCUGCUUUGGCAUUCAAUCCGACCACCGGAGCUGGCACCAUCUUUGAUUCUGGUACCGUAUUCACCCGGCUAGUUGAACCGGUCUAUGUGGCAGUCCGAGACGAGUUCCGGCGAAGAGUUGGGCCAAACCUCAUAGUGACAUCCCUAGGAGGGUUCGACACAUGCUACAACGUACCAAUAGUUGCACCCACAAUAACAUUCUUGUUCUCAGGCAUGAACGUGACACUGCCAGAAGACAACAUCCUUAUACAUAGCACCGCCGGUAGCACCACAUGCUUAGCAAUGGCAGCCGCACCGGAUAAUGUGAACUCAGUGUUGAACGUGAUAGCCAACAUGCAACAACAAAACCACCGUGUGCUCUUCGACAUCCCUAACUCUAGGGUUGGCGUUUCUCGUGAGCUUUGUACUUAAUUAAACGGUUAAUACACAUAAUCUUUUGUCAAUAUGGCAUUAGAAAAGUUGUUUGGAUAAUGGUAAUAUGGUACUCUAUUUAUAUUGAUGGGUUUAAUUUUAGCAUAUGGUAAGGUUUGAUUCUAACUACAUAUGGUGAUAGAUUUUGAGCUAAGAACUCUAUAUUGUGUUGAUUUAAAUUCAUGUUAAUUUCUAAAGUUGAGUUAUAUUUGUAGCUUUGUAAUGGUGAGUGAGUGUCACGGGUAUAUAAUGUACCUGUUAGCUAGCUAGAUCUAUGUCUUUUUUUGUUCAAGUUGAUUGAAUUAGUGAGACUUCAAUGUUUAAUAAAUCGUGCAAGUUCACGGAUCAUGCAAUAAAUUUCCUAUUCUGUUUUUUAGUACA